AACAACACAACUCUUAAGCUUUGUCGUUAUGACAUAAGCAGGCUAAAUCAUGUGUGAAAGCGACGACGUCACGCCAAGUUGCUACGAACUGGACAAGGUCCUUAAUCGGGGGUGCGCGGCAUACGCGCCUUAUAAUGAAGUGUGGCCUCAAGUGUACAUUGGUGACGAGGCGACUGCAAAAGACAAAUUCAAUCUGAAAAAACUCGGCAUCACGCAUGUGCUGAACGCAGCAGAGGGCACGUGGAACAACGUGGACACUGGCGCCAGUUACUACGGCGACAUGGGUGUGGUUUACCAUGGUGUGGUGGCGGCAGACACGCCCUCUUUUGACCUGAGCCAGUACUUUAUUACCGCAUCCCACUUUAUCGGAACAGCACUAGCUGACCCGAACAACAAAUUGCUGGUGCAUUGUGUGAUGGGCAGGAGUCGUUCGGCCACGCUGUUCCUGGCUUAUCUGAUGAUCAGCGAGGGAAUGACGCUGGCUGAUGCGGCGGACCACGUGAAGACGCGCCGAAGGAUAUUACCCAAUUGGGGCUUCCUCAAGCAGCUGAGGGAGUUGGACACAAAGCUCCAAAACCAACGACAGGGUGCCAAAUGUAUCGGCUCAGAGUCCAGAUAACAUCUAAGGGGUUGGAAAUCAUUAAGUGCAUAGUGGUAUGAAAAAGUACCUGAACUUUCUGGAUUUCUCACAUUUUUGCAUAAAAUCACCAUCAAAUGUGAUUUGUCAAAAUCACACAGAUGUAAAAACAGUGUCUGCUUUAACUAAAACCACCCAAACAUUUAUAGGUUUUCAAAUUUUAUUGAGGAUAGCAUGCAAACAAUGAAAGAAGGGGGAAAAAUAAGUAGGUGAACACUCUGCCCAAGGAGACUUAAAGAGCAAUUGAAACUAGGGCUGUCAAAAUUAUCGUGUUAACGGGUGGUAAUUAAUUUUUUUUAAUUAGUCACGUUAAAAUAUUUGACGCAAUUAACACACAUGCCCUGCUCAAACAGAUUAAAAUGACAGCAGUGUCAUGUCUACUUGUUAAUUGUGUUUUUUGUGUUUUAUUGCCCUCUGCUGGCGCUUGGGUGCGACUGAUUUUGUGG